ACUACGACAUCCAAGGUGAGCAGAUAGAAGAAGGCAAGUGCAAGUUCCACUACAACAACGCCAGGACAACACAGGGAACGGUCAACUCCCCCAGACACCCCAACAUCUACCCCCUGAAACUGGACUGUGAAUACAUCUUCCGUCCACUGCCAGAACAUAUUACCGUCCUCAGCUUCUCCGUGUUCGUCAUGUCCAAGUCUACAAGUCCUCCGUGUGACUCUGAGGAUUACAUAGAGUUCUACGAAGACAUGGGUUCCUUCAACCGGGAGAACUUCACUCUCACAGAGAAAUACUGUGGACAGCAGUUGCCAGGACCCUACGCAACAACUCGACUACUGAAGCUGAUAUUCCAUUCUGAUGACCGCAUGUCUAACGUUGGUUUUAAGGCCACUUAUAAAUUUAUACGGCGGCAGGAUAUAGAUAAUA